AUCAAAUUUAUAUUCGGAGCACAAAAAUGAGCAUUAAGGAUUAUGAAAAGAUGUUUGUUGAUGACUUCAUGGCUAGGAUUACCAACUCCUGCAACCAUGAAAAAAGACAAGAGGCUUAUAGGAAAGUGUGCCAACUCCUCUCCUCAAUUCUAGACGAUUCAGCAACAAUUACAACAUUUGGCUCGGGACCGUUGAAAACUUACCUUCCAGAGUCAGACAUUGAUAUUACCAUUCUUUUUACUGACUGCUUUUUGAAGGGUGAAACUCUAGACACUCCUUCCAGUAUUGGUGCAAAGGAACUAGAUUGUCUCAAGGAAAGCAUGGAGAGUUAUGCUGAAGAAUACAACAUCGAAGACAUUCAGAUCAUCAAUGCCUCUGUCAAGAUUAUAAAGAUGCAAUGUGACAAAAUCCCAAUCGAUAUUUCUUUUUAAUCAAAUUGGAGGAAUUAUCACCUACAAGUAUCUUGAAGAAGUAGAUCAACUGGUGGGAAAGAGCCACCUCUUUAAACAAGCCAUCCUCAUGGUCAAAGCAUGGUGUAUGUACGAAGGGAGAAUUUUAGGUUCCCAUUUCGGAUGUCUCUCUUCAUACUCACUGGAAGUGUUAAUAGUCCACCUGCUGAUUAAAUAUGAUGAAGAAGUCCAGUCACCUCUGGACAUUUUCAUUAAAAUUUUCGAAGAGGAUUGGAGCCAAUAUGCUGUUUCUAUCUUUAAAUAAGGUUAAUAUUUAUGAAGCAAGAAGAGAUAUUUCUCUUUUAAACUUCAACAAAGAUGAGGAGGAAGUAUCUACUGGACCUAAAACUCUUGAGAAAUAUAUUAAGCUCUCUCAGAAGCACCAGGAAUUAUACAAGGAUUUAUCUAAGAAAUAUGGGAUUCCAUACUCUUUAGAAGGAACCUUAUCUUGCGAUUAUUUCUAUAAUAUAGUCGACCCAGUUUGUCCUUCAAAUAAUCUGGGAAAAAGUGUCAAUAACUUCCAUAAAAGUAGGAUCCAAAGAAUUCUCAAGAAGCAGAAUGACAAACUCGAGUGGUACGUGUUUAUGAGACAGAAAAUCCUAUCACAAGACUCCACAGAGAAAGAUUUUGAGAUGUAUAAGCAAGGGCUUAGCAUUCUUUUUCAGAAAAUGUUUAGGGUUUUAGAGAAUAAUACAGUUCAAACUCCAUCUCAAUGAAUGCAAGUCAGAUUAGAGAGUCCUCAGAUGGAUUACUCACAAUUCUAUCAGUAUCCAGAGCAGUAUACCAGUUAUGGAGGAAUAGACUAUCAAGCUUUAGGACAAACUAGUUCCUCAUAUUUUCAAACUCAAACUUUGGGAGAAAAUAAUUUAUCCCAAUUUGAACAGAAUUUUCACCCAGAAUUCUUGAAAGGAGAGGAGCUAAAAAUCGAUAACCAUAAUGGCUUUAUAUCUGAAUCAAUGAAGGAAGAGAAGGAGAAAUCUGAUCAUGAAUUCCCUUCUAUUCAUCAGGAGAACAUCAAUCCACCUAGCUCUUUAGAGGAGUCCAAGACUACUGGCUCAAUUUCAAAGACUUCUAAAAGCAAGAGUCUCUCAGUAGAGCCUUCGAGGAACUCCAAAAUAAUUCAGAAGGGGAAGAAGCUUGAUUUCUGAGGUAGCAUUAGAGAGCCUUUGUCUGUAAGGAAUGUGAAUGGGGUUUGUUCACAUAACAAACUCUCCUGCCAGCAAACACACUUGCCAUCUUCUCUUAAUUAACUCUAUUCUUG